AUGGUUCGAACCCGACCUCUACCCCUCGACUUCCCCUGUCCAGGCUUGAGUAACCUGGCAGUAUUCCAGCCCUCGUGCUUCCUUCGGGUGGCAUGGCAGCUAGGCUCCGGAAGGGUGUUACAGCUGAACGGUUCUUUUAAAAUGCAUCAAAUGUACCAAAAAGCUUGUGAAUUUUACGAGCGCGCUGCUGCCAAAGUGGUUUCAGCAUUGAAUGAACUUACCGCUAGCUGUUCCUCCAAAACCGCCGCCGUCCGAAGACCCGGUGAUUCGAAUGCCACUCACUAUCCCAUCGUGCCCUCUGGUGAUCCGAAUGCAUCCUCGAAGAGUUCAGAGGCUCAUGUUCCACCCCAUACACCUCGGUCCGAAAAUAUACCACCCCCAGCUCCCGCACUGUCUGCGGACAGAUCGAACUACAGUUUAGCCUAUGCUGCAGCGUAUAAACAAACCGUGGGCACCAUUCCUCCGCCAGAGAAUGGGGGUCCAGCUCCAAACACUCCCGAAUACUCUGCCCUGUGGCAGCGUUACAUGGACUACUAUCUACGCUACUAUAUGCAAGCCUAUGCUUCUAUGGUUCCAAACGGUCCAAGCAAGCCGGGUGCAGCAAUCAAUCCACCUGAAACAGCAACAAUCAGCCCAACCAAAACCAGUGUGUCUGGUGAGGAAGAAAAACCGGUUCCUCCGAAGGCCUCACAGACUAAAGAGGACGAGAACUCUUCUGCUUCGAAGCGUCCCAAGUUGUCGGAGAAAGUGAACAGUGAAGCAAGUGUCAAAACGGAUAAUGAAAAACAGGACACCGCGUCAGACGUCAAAGUUUAUGCUCAAACAACACAGCCAGCAGAGCAACCAACUACUGAGGCUCCCAAGGCGACAGCACCACCAAGCAGCGAUGAUAUUAAGUCCUCCAAAUGUAUAUGGAUCAGCAAUCUUCCACAAGGCGUGAAAGCCGUCGACGUCAAAGAGCGUUGUACUCCCUUCGGUCGAGUUCAGACGAUCAAGAUAAUCGGAAGCCGUAAGAGCACACCACCUUCGAUCUAUGCAUACUUGGUUAUGGAAUCCGUCGAAUCUGCAACUCGGCUGGUUGAGGGGUUGCAAGGUGCCAAGUUUGACAAUCAGGAGAUUAAAGUGAAGCGAACGAUCAAGAUAAUCGGAAGCCGUAAGAGCACCCCACCUUCGAUCUAUGCAUACUUGGUUAUGGAAUCCGUCGAAUCUGCAACUCGGCUGGUUGAGGGGUUGCAAGGUGCCAAGUUUGACAAUCAGGAGAUUAAAGUGAAGCGACGAGCUUUUCGUUUUGGUGAGACGUUGUGUUUGAUACGAGGUGGUGCUGAAAGGUGUGGCCCCGACGUCACACCUACAUGCGUAAAUUUUGCUUUUUGCUGCAACGUUGAUGGUUUUAUCUCGAUACCUGCGGUGUUUUUGUACAAUCAGUCUGAGGACAAAAAUUAUCGGUGUUUUUGGAGUUCCAGAAAGCACUGA